GCUUUUACGCACUCCCAAAAGGCUCUCUUUUAUCUCAUCACUACACAUGUAUAUAACUCCUUUUCCUGCUCCAUCACUUACUAAACUUCUCCUUCAAUGGAUUGCUUUCCUAUCAUAUCUUAGAAUUCCAAUAAAAAGCAAUGGAAUUCAAUUCCAUUCAUCAUCUAUUUCCCAAAUUAUCAUCUCCUUGCUCACAUCCUCUUUUCUCCAUCAUUGUAACUCUUUACACCUUAAUUCUUCUUUACAUUCCAUCUUUUUUCAUAUCAAUAGCUUUAUCUCCUGUUCUUAAUUCCACGGGAAUCAUACUCAUUUCUCUUCUCAGAUUAGGUGUGAACAACUUAGAAAAAGAAUCAAGAGUUUUAGAUUCCAGUGACAAUGAGAGAUUGGCAAAGGAAUCCAACUCUUUGGAAUCAAGAGUUCUUGAUUGCAACGACAACCAUUCCAACCUUAUUUCGUAUUCAAAAUUUGCUCCAGAAUCUAAAUCUUUGGAAUCAAGACUUAUCGACUUCCUAGCCCAAAACCAAACCCAUGCAGAAUUUGAUCCUGAAUCUGGUUUAGACUUGGAAUGCAAUGAAACCCAUGUGGAGUUUGAGCAUAACACGAGAUUGGAGUCCAAUUCCAUGGAAUCAGUGCAAGCGAUUGAAGAAGGAGGGCCUACAUACGAGCCUAAAUCUGUUUUAGACUUGGAAUGCAAUGAAACCUAUGUGAAAUUUCAGCAUGAUAUGGUAUUGGAAUCCAAUUCCAUUGAAUCAUCACAGGUGAUUAAACAAGGGCCUAAAUACGAGCCUAAAUCUGGUUUAGGCUUGGAAUGCAAUGAAACUCAUGUGAAGUACGAGCAUGAUAUGGGAUUGGAGUCUAAUUCCAUGGAAUCAACACAACCGAUUGUAGAAAGAGGGUCAACAUACGAGCCUAAAUCUGGUUUGGAGUUGGAAUGCAAUGAAACCCAUGUGGAGUUUGAGCAUGACAUGGGAUUGGAGUCCAAUUCCAUGGAAUCAUUACAAGCUAUUGAAGAAGAAGGGCCAACAUACAAGCCAAAAUCUGGUUUAGACUUGGAAUGCAAUGAAACCCAUGUGGAGUUUGAGCAUGAAAUGGUAUUCGAAUCCAAUUCCAUUGAAUCAUCACAUGUGAUUGAAGGAGGGCCCACUUACGAGCCUAAAUCUAGUUUAGACUUGGAAUGCAAUGAAACCCAUGUGAAGUACGAGCAUGAUAUGGGAUUGGAAUUCACUUCCACGGAAUCACCACAAGCGGUUGAAGGGGGGCCAAAAAUAAUGGAAACGGGUGGCAAACAAAUAGAUACAACAAUGGCGUUUCUUGAAUGGAACAUGAGAGCACCAUUGGAGAUCAUAUAUGAAGCAUACGAAGGAGAAGAAGAAGAUGAUGAAGAGAGUAAUGAAAAUCAUGAGGUUUCCAAUGAUAAACAUGAUGUGGGUUACGAAAGAUAUCCAUCUUUAUUGAUGUAUUAUCCGGAUAGUGAGACAGAUAGCUCCUCAGAUGGCGAUUUCCCCAUGAAUGAAAAGUGGGAAACACAUGAAAGUGUGUUCUUCAAAUGGGAAGAUGAAGAGGAAGAACGGGAAGAACUUAUUGAGAUCUCAUUAGAUCAUUAUGGGAAGAGAAGUAUUGAAUGUUGUCAUGUUGAGGAAGAUAAUUUGAUUGAAAUUGACCUUUUUGGCACCAGAAGUUGAAUUUUCACUUCUUCAACUAUAUACAGAUAAUAGGUACAAUUUCGUAAAAAGUAGUAACUAGAGUUUUAAACUAUGGUACUUUUUUUUAUAAAAUAAUAUCUGUUUUAUAAUGGUGAAAAUAGAGCACUUAUAAAUAUGAUAAAGAAAGGUUUUUGACAGAA